AUGAUGCGGAUCUGCUCGGCCGUGCGGUCCUGCGUGGCUGGAAGCUUCUGCAGCGAUACGAGCUUUGGCGACGGGUCAUCAUAUCGACUUCUUCGGCCUGUGGCGAGCUCGGCUGCGGACGAAGAACCUUCUCUCAGACCCCGGUCCUCAGCUGGCGGUGCUAGGGUUGGUGAGUGUUGUGACAUCCACCAUCGGUGUGAGGCAGGAUGUCGCGUGGCUCACCGGGGCAUCGAUGCUUGAGAGACCAUGCCCCAAAGCGCUACCGUGGUUGAGGCGGGACAAUGUAUCAUCUGACGACGGCAGUCGCCUGGACGCGGCAAAAUCACAGGAAGAGUUGUUCAUCACUGAUCAAGCGAUGUUUAUACUUGCUCUUUUGUCUUUUGCAGGCCGAAGCGCUGGAAGCACGUGUUUGUGCGUUGUGGAGGCAGUUCUGUCGACAAUCGUCUUCGUUUACAUCAUGGGAAAGACUACCAAUGGCAACAUCGGGGACGAUGGGGUCCUUCUGCUGCCUCUCGUGAUUGGUUGUACUGCUUUUGCUGUAUGGAUCGGAGCGUCUCACUCCCUUUGCACGCUGAGAGUACAACGAGCCGUGGACAAAAUUCGGUCGACAGACAAUGAGGAGACCAAUCGUCGCCUGGGGCGUGGUAGCUCGGCGAAAUCUUUCGAUGUUGACAACGGUGUAGAUGUUUUCGAGUACCACGACAUCACAACCAUGUCUUUGUAUUUUUUGAGGGGGGGCAUGGUUUGGUUGCUGGUCCUACUUUUCGUGACAGCACUGUCUGUGGUACACUUGUUUUUGUACGUGUCAACAUGUCAGAGUUGGUCCUAGUUUGCGUGCCAGUCGUUCCCGUGGUAUUUCCUCCCGCUGCUGUGUGCCGUCACCCUUUUGUGGACGGGAUGCUUCACGCGGUGCCUGUACCGGCGUAGUACGGUUGAAGCCAUCCGGACGUUUGGGGAGCCGUGCCGUACAAAGACCUUCUACCUCCAUGCAUGGAAAUAUCUGUUGGCAGGAAGCUUGCUGUACGCCACACUCUUGUACGUCUCUCCGGCUCCUCCCGUAUGGCGCUGGGCUUUGAUCGCGACCCACAGUAUGAGGGCGGUGAAGGUUUUGGUUUCCCUCCAUGGCCAGCGUUGCGAUGCGGUAGAGGAAGACGGAGGGGUGGCGGAGGAUGUGCUGUAGGUAGGGGCGUGUGUUCUCCUGUGGUAUUUCUACUACGAGAAGUGAUAUACAUGCAGCACAGGGGAAUAAGUGAUGCGCGUGUGUUUUCGCCCAAGAUGUGUGUGACCGUUGCUUUGAACGCUUGUUCAACACCACCAAGAGAGGUUGCUUGCAGCGUAUGUGAUGCAAUAUCACGGGAAAUAAGUUACCAGCGCGUUGGACGUUACUAAUUUAUUUAGCUAUUUUUUUACAUUUGUGGCUCGGCCCCGGAGUCAGCACGGUGAACUCUACCUUUUGAGCACCUACCCUUACCUUGUUUACUAGUUUUCCUUGGUUUCGUGUC